CUUGACGAGCACUAUCACUCCGUGUCAUCAGCGGUCCUGUUCUGAGACUUCGGUCACCGGCGGGAUCCUAUCAAUGGAAAUCCCCUCGACCCAGACCACCCCGCGCUCAACUCUCUGCCGCGUGACGAAUGGACAAUGUGCAUCGGCAGCCUUGUUAGACGCGGACUCGGGCCCAGCCUCCGCCCAGGCCCCGCAAACUCCAUAGGGUCGAGCGUGGACGCGUCGCCACCUGCGUCGUUGGCACCGGCAGCAGCCACGGGUACCCCUGGCGGCGAUGGCGGUCCUUUGGUGCCAUGUGUGGUGGCUCGGAGUGUGGCCCUGAACGACACCUGCCGGCGUAUUGCGCGUGAUUACGGCAUCACCCGGACGCAGCUGCUGCGUCUCAACCCCCGCCUCAACUGCUCACGGCUGGUCGUGGGCCAGAGGCUGUGCGUGCAGGCUGCGGAGGGAGGAGUUGCGGGCGGGCCGUCGUCACAGGUGCCACCCCUUGCAGCUUACGGCGGCGGCUACGGCGGCGGCUACGGCGGCGGCUAUGGCGGCGGCUACGGCGGCGGCUACGGCGGUGGCUAUGGCGGUGGCGGGUACUACGGCGGUGUCAAUACCAGUAGCGCGUAUGGUGCGACUCCUACACGCACGCCGCCGACGCCACACGAGAAGCCGGCGUCUCCGCCUACCGAGUACCCGCCGCCGUUUGCAACAGCCGAGCCUCAGCCCUCGUCCGCCGCCGGCCCUGCGCCGCCCCACGCCCUCAACGGCCCCGCCAGCCCCAACAUCACAAACGGCUCCGCCAACGCGACACCGCCAUCGCCCCAAGACACAACAACUGCAAAACCCACUACCCGCUGCCUGCGCACCGUGCAUGUGGUGUCGGCGGGAGGCUGCGCCGCCGUGGCGGCGGCUGCGGGCCUCAGUCUUGACCGACUCCGAGCCCUCAACCCCGCCGUCAACUGCUCUGGGCGGCUUUACUUUGGCCAGGCUCUCUGUGUGGAGGUGGAGGCUGUGGUGCCGUCCACUCCUUCAUCGGAUGCGGCAAGGGCAGGAGUGGCCGUGGCAGGCGCUCCGCCGCCGCCUGGCCUGCUGCUGGGGCGCCACCGCCGCAGCGCGCGUAGCAGUCACAGUGACAGCGGCACCACACGUGAGCGGUUCCUGGCAGAGCAGCACGAUGCACCGCCGCCUUCGGAAGAUGACGGAAACACCAACAUUGGGGGCAGCGGCGGCGGUGGUGAUGGCGAUGGCGGCGGCGGCGGCAGCAGCGACGGCGGAGAUGGCGGCGUCGGCGGCGGUGGUGGCAGCGGCGGCGGCGGUGGAGAUGGCGGCGACGGCGGCAGCAGUAGCAACGGCAGUAAUGACGCUCCGCCGCCAAACUCUUCAGAUGACACAUCAAGCCCCUCGCCCACGGAAGCUGACGCAUCGCCACCCGACGGCAGCCACCACGACAGUGAGGCGCCUCCACCCACCACCCCUGACACCGCUGACACCCCUGACACUGGUGACGACGGGGCACACUUUGCGCCGCCGCCCGAUCCCUUGGGUGAGCACGGGGCCGACACGCCGCCUGAGGAUACCGGGGGCGGUGGUGGUAGCGGCACUAGCGGCACCGGCGGAGACUGCAGCAGGUUCGGCGCCAUCUGCGCGGCGUGCAACGCCGAAGGCUGCACGCAGUUGGUCUCCGGGCUGCCGCCGCCGGUAGAGGAUGAGUUCAACAUAGUGGCUGCCCUUCCCAACGGCCAGCAACUCAUGCUCCUGAGCUCAGAUGCACCCACCACGCCGCGCGGCUCGCUUUGUGACAAGCCGGACCCCAACAACCUCACGCCAUGUACCAUGAUCAGCGUCGGAAAGUUUGCGAGCAGCGUCAUGGCUCCCGGUUCGGGCGGCGAUGACGACCUCUCGAAGUUCACGCGUCUGGGGCAGGAUUGGUUCGAGAGGGAGUUUGACAACGCCUGCCAGGACGGGGCCUGCCACUCAACGAGCCCGCACGACGUGACGGUGUGGGGCAGCGACGCCGACCUCAACUGCGAUGCCGACGACGGCUCCGUGCGUGCUCUGCGGCCGGCUGCGGGGCGGGAAGUGCAGGUUCGUGAGGCAUUUCGAAUCGCUUGGAUUCAGACCAUCACCGGUGCCUACUACCAGCGCAAGAGCCUGAGUGAGGUUCCCACCUACAACCCAUACAUGGUCUGCAUCCCGUACAAUCCAGUCGACGUGACGGCUCCACGUUGCGACCCGUCAACCAUGACGUGCGUGGGCUGGUGUCGGGCAUACCCCACGUCCGAGCCCCUGUCCUUCAUUCCUACGGAGAUUUACAUCACAAACUACAGCCCCUUCCUGAUGGCUGGCAGCAAGGGCGGCUGGAGCUAUGGCGUCACGUCGCAGAUCACGUCACAGCUCACGUGUCAGAUGGAUCCAGAUCAAAGCAGGUGCCCCAGUGUCCUAGGCAUCCUGCAGGCAAUUUCUGCGGUUCUGGCACCCGCGGUCGGUCUUAUUGAUCCUGCGGCAGGCGCGGCGGUGGGCUUCAUUGGCGGCGUGCUCGGCCUGACGAACGUGCUGUGCCGCUCGUAGGUGCUACGUGGUGUUUCUGUAUGUGGCCUGACUUGCUACGGUAUAAAUCCCAAUGUGACAGUAGUCUGCUGGUUACUGAUGGUGCUGUACGUGUGUAGGAGCUGUGCACGCAGGCGUACUUCCCGCACAAGCUCGUGUGCAUAUGGUGUAAUAAACUCAUCAC